AUGUCCCCGCACUAUGACUUCGUGGUCGUUGGUGGUGGGACGGCCGGCAAUGUAAUCGCCAAUCGACUAACAGAGGAUCCUAACAUUCGAGUACUAGUCAUUGAAUCCGGUGGAUCUCACGAAGGCAUACAAGCUCUCGAGGUCCCGUUUUUCUAUGUGUCUUUAUUCUCCUCCCCAGGGCUACUCUGGAACUAUACAACGACUCCGCAAGCUGCCCUUGCGGAGAGGUCGAUUCCCUAUACCAGGGGUCACGUUUUAGGAGGGUGCUCUUCUAUAAAUGGAAUGACUGUCACCAGAGGCUCGGCUGAAGACUAUGACAAGAUCGCCAAUAUCACUGGAGACGAAGGAUGGUCGUGGAACCGACUUCAGCAUUACAUCAAGAAGCACGAACGAUGGUCUAGUCCUGCUGCCUCCCCGAUGUUUUACGAUCCUUCAGUCCACGGCUUUCACGGAAUGACUGAGCUUACACUCUCUCGCAUCCCACAUUCCAUUGAUGAUAUGAUGUUCAAUGCCACCCAAGGAAAUAAGCAAUUCCCCUUCAACAUCGAUUAUAACUCUGGAAAGCCUCUGGGCUUCGGUUGGAAGCAGUCCUCGAUAACCGCAGAUGGCCGCCGCGACAGCUCCGCGACGUCGUACCUUGGUCCCAAAUUUAUACAGCGGCCCAACCUUCACGUUCUGCUGAACCAUCGAGUGCUCCGCUUGCUUCAUGCUAAGAGAACUGCCAGCUCUCGUGUUCAUUUCAAUGCCGUUGAAUUCACGGAGGUUGUUGAGGGCGUAGUGGGUCAUCGACACGUUAUUACAGUAUCCAAAGAAAUCAUACUUUCCGCUGGCUCCAUAGGCACCCCUCACAUCCUUCUUCACUCAGGCAUAGGCGAUCGCAACGCGUUAUCUGCACUCGGCGUCAAACCAACACACCACCUCCCCAGCGUCGGCCAGAAUUUCACGGAACAACCCGCAGCUAUCAUUCACUGGUUAGUGAAUGACAACAAUACCUGGGAACGGUUCACGCGAAACACCACUUUGAUGGCCGAAAUACUAGAAGAGUGGAAAGUGAACAAAUCGGGUCCGCUGACGGGUCCCGCCUCAUCCCACCUGGGAUAUAUGCGGUUGCCCAAAAAUGCAAGCGUGUUCGAAACCGUGUCCGAUCCGUCAGCUGGACCAAAUACACCCCAUGUUGAGCUGUCUUUCAAUAAUGGAGCCUGGCUGGACCCAUUACCGCCAACUGGCAACUUCUUCAGCGCGGCUACUGUCGUUGUCACCCCCAUGUCGCGUGGUUCCGUCUCGCUGAAGACUUCCAACCCGCUGGAUCAACCCUUGAUCGAUCCCGCCUUGCUAAUGCACGAAUUCGACCGCUUCGCAUUCCGUGAACUCUUCCGCCUCGCUCGCAAAUUCGUCGCCUUACCAGCAUGGAAGGACUACAUCCUCGACAUAUACGGGCCUCUCGCGUCAUUGGACUUCGACAACGACUCCGAACUUGACAAAUACAUCCAAGGCCAGACCUUCAUGGGCCUCCACCCCGUCGGGUCGGCGUCGAUGUCACCCAGAGGCGCGCGCUGGGGCGUCACAGAUCCCGAUUUGAAGGUGAAAGGAGUCCGCGGGAUACGCGUUGUGGAUGCUUCUGUCUUCCCCCAUAUACCUGCUGCCCAUACGCAAGGUCCUGUGUAUAUUAUCGCGGAAAGAGCAGCAGACUUAAUUAAGAGGAGUUGGGGAAUUGUGUAG